UCUCGAAGCUGAUUACAUCCCACCCUCAGACAAUGAUGCUAAAACCCGAUCGGUUUCAUGAGAUUGUCACAUUGGCUAAGGAAAUGGGGUUCGAUCAGUCAGGCUCAAAUUUCAUCCUCGUGAUCUGCGUGAUGUCAAGGAUGACCAAGUUGAAUUGGGAAAGGAAGGUGAAGGUUUUUAGGAGUUUGGGGUGGUCUGAGGAUGAGUUCCUUUCGGCAUUUAAAUUGCAGCCAAUGUGUAUGAUCACGUCACAGGAGAAGAUUAGGAGAGUGGUGGAUUUGGUCGGGACCCAGAUGGAUUUGAAGCCGUCGAGUCUAUCAAAACAUCCCAAUGUUUUCUUACUAAGUCUUGAGAAGACGAUCGCACCAAGAUGUUCGGUUCUGCGGGUUCUAAUUCAGAACAGUCUGAUUAAGAAGGAUUUGAGUAUAACUUGGGCACUGAAAAUGAGUGAGGACGACUUCUUGGAGAGGUUUGUGAUCAAGUAUGAGGAGAAUAUCCCAGAAAUACAAACAAUUUAUCAAGAUUGAUCUCAAAUUGAUUUUCAGCCUUUCCAAGAUGAGCUUCAGAUUCCAGAACAUUGCUAGAAACAUCACCAAAUGUCUGUUUUUUCCAAACUUUUGAGGAGUUUAGUUCAUUGGACGUUUUAGCUUUUUCGCUGC